AUGGCAAGAUUUGGUGGCUUAAUUAGAAACUCUGAUGGACAAUUCCUGCAUGGUUUUAACGGUAAUAUUGGCUACUCGAAUAUUCUUCACGCCGAAAUUUUGGCAUUAAUGCAUGGGAUUCAAAUAUGUUGGGAGGAAGGUCUAAAAGACAUUAUUUGUUACACUGAUUCCAUGCAUACUAUCCAUCUCGUCCAACAUGCAGAUGUUUUCACUCACCAUUAUGGUAAUGAGAUAGCUAUUAUCAGAAAGUACAUGGCAAAAGAUUGGACUUUUAAUCUAUGUCACACUCUUAGAGAGGGUAAUAUGUGUGCUGACUUUUUAGCAAAGCUUGGAACAAGGUCUACUAGUGAUCUUUUGAUUGUGUUUGAUCCUCUGGCUGAGCUUCGUUUGUUGCUUACAGCAGACAAUAUCUAUGUUGCUUAUCAUCGUGGCCUAUAG